AUGGGAAACACAACAGAAGCUACUGUUUUUCAUUUAACUCCGCUGUCAAAUAAUCCAGGGACACUGUAUAUGUUAUUUAUUGUUUUCCUUCUGAUCUACUUAAGUACUCUUAUAAUAAACUCCCUAAUUAUCCUCUUGUUUAUCACUGAUGCCCAGCUCCACACCCCCAUGUACUUCUUUCUUGGAAACCUGGCGUUUUUGGACAUGUCCUUAUCAUCAGUCACUGCACCAAGGAUGCUCUCUGACUUCCUCACCACAAAUAACUCAAUAUCCUUUCCUGCUUGUAUAAUGCAAAUAUUUUUCCUAAUAUAUUUUGCACCUUCAGAGCUUUUCCUGCUAGCUGUCAUGUCCUAUGAUAGAUUUGCUGCAAUCUGUCACCCUCUGCAUUACAUUCAGAUUAUGUCCUCACAUGUCUGUUCCCUGCUUUCAUCUAUGGUUUGGGUGUUUGGCUUAUUUUACUCCUUGAUACAUACACUUUGUUCACUGAGGCUGACAUUCUGUGGCUCAAACAUUAUCCACAAUUUCUUUUGUGACCUUCCUCAGCUAUUCCAAAUUUCAUGUACUGACUCUUUCAUAAACGUAAUGAUCACACUUAUUUUAGGAGGACUUGUGGGUCUUGUGGCUUCUCCUAUGACUUUUAUACCAUACAUCCGUAUUUUCAGCACUAUCCUCAGAAUCCGGACAAAGGACGGAAAGCUUAAAGCUUUUUCCACAUGUACGUCUCACCUUACUGUGGUUUUUAUAUUCUAUGCUUCACUUGUUUUCAUAUACUUUGUACCUAACACACGUUCUCUCAUCUUAUACAAGAUUGUGUCUGUAAUGUAUGCUGUAAUUAACCCUUUGCUAAAUCCUCUAAUCUAUAGUGUGAGGAACAAGGAACUCAAGGCAGCUUUGGGAAGGACUAUGCAACACAUUUCUUUGUUUCAAGGUACUAAGUGA